AUGCAAUUGAAGAAUGAGAAUGGCUUAGAGAGUAGGUGCUACAGUCUUGAGGAUAUCAGGGUGUCGCUGCUAUUCAAGAGUCUGUUUGUUAAAUCGUUAAAGACUGCUGCGCGAUAUGGGAAUUUGGAGAUUAUCAAAUACGUCUAUGCACAACUCCCUAAUGACAUUGACUUUAAACAACUCUAUCAAACCGCUGUAAAAUACGGACAUUUGCAUAUUGUUCAUUACAUCAUGAGGCAUGCCAAGCCCGAUAAGAACAACUGGAAGCUGGAGAGUAUCAUCGGUAGUCCUACCAAUAGAGCUGUCAGUAGUCUCUAUGGAAAUAUACCGAUUAUCAAGUGGAUCUAUCAGAGAUUCGUAAUGAACGGUUAUGGCAAUCACGGCGAUACCACAAAUAAGAAUCUGAUGGAUUACGCUGCAAUCAAUGGACACCUGCCAAUGCUCCAAUGGCUACAUGUAAAUAGGAAUGAGGGUUGUACAAAAAUGGCGAUGGACCUUGCAUCGAUGAAUGGAGAUCUACCAACAGUACAGUUUCUUCAUGAAAAUCGAAGUGAAGGUUGUACUUCCGACGCGCUUAAUUUCGCAUCGGAAAACGGACACUUCCAAGUCGUUCAAUUCUUACAUGCCAACAGGAGUGAAGGUUGCUCAACUCAUGCUCUUGACAAUGCAGCAAAAAAUGGGCACUUCAAAAUCGUUCAAUUCUUACACGCCAACAGGAGUGAAGGUUGUUCAACUCUGGCGAUUGACCAAGCAGCAAAAAAUGGACACUUCAAGAUCGUUAAAUUCCUCCAUUUCCAACGGCUAGAGGGUUGUACAACCGAUGCGAUUGACCUUGCCUGCGAAAAGGAAACCAAUUUUCCAAUAAUAGAGUUUUUACACUACUCUAGGACGGAAGGAUCGACCCCGAAUGCAAUGGACAUCGCCGCAUCUAACGGCUGCUUCAACAUCCUCAAAUUCCUACUUCAAAAUCGAACCGAAGGUUGUACUGACAUGAUUCUUCACGAUGCUAUUCAGUGUGGUGAUUUGGAGGUCAUUAAAUUCAUUCAGGAAAACAUCAAUCUUUCGACAACCAGUUUUGAGGAGGACGGAGACGAUCAUGGCGACACACAAUAUAGCCAACAGGAUAUGAGUGGUGGAAGUGGAGCAGAUUCAUCGAUACAACAGCAGCAACCAUCAUCAACUAAAUUCAACACAUUGGAUAAACCGAAUCUUUUGGAUAGAGCUGCAUUCUUUGGACAUUUUCAUAUAUUUAAACAUCUCUAUGACACCACCAACGAGCAAUAUACAUUCGAAUCGAUGGAUAAUUUCGCAAGAUUCAAUGACGUAGCGCCACUGGAAUGGAUAAAAAAAGAAUGGAGUAGAGAUGAAGAUUGUUGUUCUAUUCAGGCACUGAAGAAUGCAAUCGAAAAUAAUAAUAAUUUGGUUAUAAGAUGGUUAAUAGAUAAUGGUUAUGUUGAUUUCGAAGAGGAUGGAGAAGAAGAUUAUAUUUUAGAUUUUGCAGCAAAGCAUGGAAAUCUAGAAGUGGUACGUCAUUUCCAUCAUUUAAACAAGAGUGCUACCAAAGCCGCUAUGGAUAAAUCUUCCAAUAUCUCGGUGGUGGAGUUCUUGCAUUUCAAUAGGAGUGAAGGUUGUUCAACGAAAGCAAUCGAUAGAAGUAUAAAAAAAGCAAAUUUCCCAAUAAUUAAAUUUCUUCAUGAAAACCGAACCGAAGUUUGCUCUUCAAAAUCAAAUCAGUGCUACAAUUAUCCAUCUAGAUUGAAAUUCAUAAAGAAACACUUAAUUUAA